UAUUUCUGUGAUGAGAUAAAUUUCUGUGUGAUUGGAGUUACCGAAAAGCAUGGCGGCAUUGCAGUCUCUGAAAGAUAUACCCUUUGCUGUGCAAUCAGGCAAACUUGGUGUGCGAAGAAAAGUAUUUGAACAGCUUGAAGAACUAGCCGAGAAAAAUGCUGAACCACACACACUUAAAUCUAUUUGCAAACUCUUGCAAAUGACCUUGGCUCGAUAUGGGGACAGGAAAUCUACGAACAUUGUCGAUAACUAUGUGAAAAUAUUGAUAACAAGGCAACCUGCCAGUGUUCCUUUUUUGAUAAAAUUAAUUGCUGAUGUUGCCGAAAGUUACAAGAAUGUGCAGCCAACAAAAGCAAUUGCUCAUAUCUGCUAUGCUGCAUUUGGUUGGUCCUGUCAUGUUGCCAGUGAAACUUUGGAUUCUUCUGAAAAUCAUAUUGAAGAUCCCAAAAUCUUGCUUCAAAGUCAAGCUACCUUACUGUUUGUCAUCACAGGAGCCCAAAGCAAAUUUCUUAACCAGAAAACUUUUAAGACUGCUGUAAAUUUGUGGAAAAAAAGCUCUAGAAUUGUUGAUGAGUAUGUGGCAUAUUUGAAAACAGCUCCUGAACACUUGUCAUCUCUUGUGCUCAUCGGCUUUUUUGUUAAGUAUCUAGCAGACAGAAAGAUGAAGGAUAUUUUAAGUGAAACAAAGGAACAUGCUAUACAUCUGCUUUGUAAAGUUGUUAUUGGUAGUAAAACCAAACCCCCAGCUCAUAUACUUGAGUCUUGUAGUGGAUAUUUGAGGCAAAUUACUCAUGAUGAAUUUAAAAGCACAAUCUUGCCGUCCAUUCAAAAAGCUCUUCUGAGGAACCCUGAAGUUAUAUUUGAAACCGUGUCAAAUAUUGUAUCUAACGUGUCACUGGACCUCAGCCAGUAUGCUUUGGAAAUUGGUCGAAGCAUUGGAGCUCAUUUGCAUUCAAAGGAAGAUCAGUGUAGAGAAGAUGCAAUUGUUUGCUCAAAAUGCCUUGCGAAACAAUGCAGUAGUUCACAAUCCAUAAAAGAUCUCUUGGAACACUUCUUUGGCAUCUUGAAUGGUUCUGAAGGAAAGUUGACCGUUGUUACUCAAAAACUUGGUGUUUUAAGUGGAAUUGGAAAUUUAAGCUAUAACAUAGUUACUGGUUCAACAUCAGUACAAGCUGUGUGCGAGUUUGCAGCGGAUAAAUUUAUUGCAGUUUUAAAGCAUGAAGUUCAUGAAGGCACUAUAACUCAUGCUCUUUCAAUGCUAUCUUUGUGGUGUGCAAAAUUUAGUCAAAAUGUACCAAACAAUCUUCUUUCUUUGUUCAAGGAUGGUCUGACCCAAAAAAGUUCAACUUUUGCCAUAAGAAAUAGCUACAUUUUGUGUAUGAAUGCUGCAUUUCAUGACAAUACUUUACAUCAAGCAGUGGAGUUUAUACCUUUAUUGGAAAAAACUUACAAUAAAGCAUUGAGUCAGCCAUCUCAAACAGCUGCUGUUGUAGAAGGCUUAUCAGUUUUUUGCUUGUUCUUGAAGUUAUAUACUUUGGAUUCAGAAGCAGAGAAUAAACUCAAAGGGAUCUUGAAUGUUGACGUUAAUAAACUUCCCUUUUUGUCUGAAAAGUUCUUAUCUUGUUGUUCUGAUGAAGCUCUUUUGUCUGUGAUGUAUAUCAUUGAAAGGUUAAUUCUUGAUCAUGGACAGAAAUUAGGCAAUGAUACUAGCUCUCUCAAACGAGCUAUGUUAUUUAUUUUGACUCGACCUCAGUUCAGAGUGCGAAUGCUAGCUUCAACUCACCUAAAAAAGAUGCUAUCUGCAUUGGGAGGCACUAGUUUGGCUUGUUUUCUGUUAAAAGAGUUUCCAGCUUUCAUUGAUACGGUCAAGAUAAAGAAAUACUGUUAUAAAGAUGAUGAAAAUGAGUCAGAAUUAGAUAAUCACAUCAAUGUACAAGUUCUAGUUAGCUGUUUGCUGGCGUUGUGUUCUGGUACUAAUUUAGAUGCUUAUGAUGUUCAAGAAAUUUGUUUAGAAGCUCUUCUGCCAUCUCAUAUGGAUAUAAUUUAUGAAUCACAUCCUUAUUUAUGGGAAAAAAUAAUUACCAAGCUCAAGGAAAAACCCACAGAUUUUGUGAAAACUCACAGAGAGAAAAUCAUAGUGCAAAUUCUCGAUGAGACUUCAGGCUCAGAUUCUCUUGCUAAAGCUAAACUUAAUGCUUUGAAAACUUUAGUCCAUUUACAACCCGUUGAUGUUACUUCAGCUGUUGUAUAUCACACUUGUACUAUUUUGAAAGACUCUGCAUUUGUACAAGUUACCAAAGAGGAAUAUAACAUAUUUAUUACACCUGAGGGUGAGUUAUAUGAUACAUCUGUCAUUGAAAAUUUGAAAGAAAAUAUAAAUUCAACUAAAAAUAUCAAGCGAGAGAGUAAGCUUUAUUCAUACAAAGAUCAAUUAGAAGAAUUAGAGUUAAAAAAAGAAAUUGAAGCGAAGAAGAGAGCAAAGGGUUUGAUUAAAGAACCUGAGCUAACAAAGAAACAAAUAGAAGCAAAAAAAUCGCAACUAGAAAAGGAAUCGGCAAUAAGAGCCAAAUUGAAAAAACUCAAUGAUCAUUUUCAGUGUGCAUUGGACAAAGUAAAUGCUAUAAUUGAAUCAAAACCUUCAACUCUAGGUGUCUAUAUGAAGGAUUUAACAUAUGUUUUAAUACCUUUGUUUUCGUCACCCUUGUGUGCCUACAGAGCUACUCAUUUAUUUGUCAGUCUAUCUAGUGUUGUGCCAACAGGUGUUUUAUCUUUAUGGAGUAAACCAAUUGCUUAUUCUACGCUGCGUCUGUUUGAAGCAGCAUGUGAUCUUGACCCAUCAUGGACUGAAAUAGAUGUGAAUGAGAUAACUUUAAAAAUCAUCAAAUUCCUUUAUUUAAACACCUGUCAAACUUCUGUCAGUGGAUAUGAUGAACACCUCUUAUCCCAGACUGCUAAAAACCAUUUGAGUGCUCCUGGAUUUUCUUAUUGCUUCCCACUGAUGCAACAUUUGCUUUUAAAUCAGACAUCAAAUGUACUUUUGUUGGAGCAGAUAUUAUGUAUUGUUUCUGAGCAUCUGGACAUCCGAGCCAUCGAUGAAAUGACCGGAAAGAUUUAUCAAGAAAGUGUACCUAUUUUACAAAUUUUAGAUUCCCUACUAAAAGUCAUUUGCAAAACAACAGGUCAAUUACAGAAUCUGGCUGUGGAAACUCUGGUAAAAGCCUGUGAAGCUGCAUCUGGCGAAGAGAAUUGUUCUUUUGCUACCAUGGAAGAAAUUGAUAUCCUACUAUCUGCUCUUUUACUAAGUGAAGAACAAGCUAGGCAAGCAGCUUUACGGGGUUUAAAAGCAUUACAAAUUGUCCUUCCUCACCCAGAUGUGAACUUGAAGCAUGGAAUGCUUGUUCUGGAAAGAAUUUUUGUUGCUUGCUUUGAUCCAGUUGAGAAAAAUGCUGCUUCAGCUAAUGAACUGUGGAAAAUUUUGGAAUGCCAGAAAAAUCCUGCAUUCCAUGAUCUAAUCUUGAAUGAUAUUAUUCACAAGGAAUCUGUUGUGCGGCAAGCUGCUGCUGAUGCUCUCUCAGAUAUGUUAAAUAAUUAUUCAGACCUUGUUCCUGUUACCAUUGAAAAACUGUUGGACAUGUACCAUGAAAAGUUAUAUCUGCCACCUCCUGUCUUGGAUAGUUUGCACAGAGUCAUAUCUGAAUCACCUCCUGAUAUGUGGGAAGAAAGAUGUGGUAUUGCUCUAGGCUUAGGAAAGCUUUCACUUUUCCUUAAUCUGGAUCAAGUCAAGGACCUUGCAUCCUUUUUUGUUCCUGAAGGUUUGGGAGAUAGACAUGCUAUUGUUCGGAAGCACAUGCUGGAUGCAGCUGUUGCAAUAAUUGAUGCCCACGGAAAGGAUGGCCUUCCAGACUUACUUCCAGUGUUCGAAGAAUUCAUGGACAAAGCUCCAAAUAACUCGAGUUAUGAUGCUGUGCGCCAAAGUGUGGUGAUUUUAAUGGGCACUCUUGCAAGACAUUUAGAAAAAGAUGAUCCACGUGUCAAACCAAUCAUAAUAAAAUUAAUAGAAGCAUUAUCUACACCAUCUCAGCAGGUUCAAGAAGCUGUGGCAAAUUGCCUCCCUCCUCUUGUACCAGCAAUAAAAGAUGAAGCCCCAAAUUUAGUUCAAACCUUGUUAGACUUAUUAUUAGAAUCUGAUAGCUAUGGAGAAAGGAAAGGAGCUGCAUAUGGUCUUGCCGGACUUGUGAAAGGACUUGGAAUACUAUCAUUAAAGCAGCUUAAUAUUAUGAAUUCUUUAACUACUGCUAUACAAAAUAAAAAGAAUUACAAGCACAGAGAAGGUUCGUUAUUUGCAUUUGAAAUGCUAUGUAAUAUGCUUGGACGGCUGUUUGAGCCUUAUGUUGUAAACUUUCUUCCCCAUCUUUUGAAUUGUUUCGGUGAUGGCAAUCAGUAUGUGAGAGAGGCUACAGAUGAUACUGCAAAAGCUGUUAUGAGUCGCCUCAGUGCUCAUGGAGUUAAGCUUGUUUUACCAUCGUUAAUUAAUGCAUUGGAAGAAGAUUCUUGGAGAACAAAAACUGGUUCCAUUGAACUUCUGGGGGCCAUGGCAUUUUGUGCUCCAAAACAGCUAUCUUCCUGUUUGCCAAGCAUUGUACCUAGGCUUAUUGAAGUAUUGUCCGACUCUCACAUGAAUGUACAGAAAGCUGGUGCUCAAGCUCUGAAACAAAUUGGAUCUGUAAUCAGAAAUCCUGAAAUUCAAGCCAUCGUCCCAACUCUUUUGGAUGCUCUUCAAGACCCAUCCAAAAAAACUUCUCCUUGUCUGGCAGCUUUAUUAGACACUCGAUUUGUUCACUUCAUUGAUGCUCCUUCUCUUGCUUUAAUUAUGCCUGUUGUCCAAAGAGCAUUUCAAGAUCGAUCUACAGAAACAAGGAAAAUGUCUGCUCAGAUUAUUGGAAAUAUGUAUUCCCUUACUGACCAAAAGGAUUUAGCACCUUAUCUUCCAAAUAUAAUACCUGGCCUGAAGCAGUCUUUAUUAGAUCCUGUGCCAGAGGUUAGAAGUGUAUCUGCUCGCGCAUUAGGAGCUAUGGUCAAAGGAAUGGGAGAAAGCAGUUUUGAAGAUCUUCUGCCUUGGCUCAUGCAAACUCUUGCUUCAGAAUCGAGCUCAGUUGACCGUUCUGGUGCUGCUCAAGGUCUUAGUGAAGUAAUUGGUGGAUUAGGAGUAGAAAAAUUGAAAACUUUUAUGCCUGAAAUCAUUGUUACUGCUGAAAGAAUGGACAUUGCCCCACAUGUCAAGGAUGGUUACAUAAUGAUGUUCAUUUACUUGCCAAUGGUAUUUAAAAAGGAAUUUACUCCUUACAUUGGACAAAUCAUUAAUCCAAUAUUAAAGGCUUUAGCUGAUGAAAAUGAAUAUGUCAGAGAUACAGCCCUAAGAGCCGGACAGAGGAUAGUAAAUAUGUAUGCUGAUACUGCCAUAACUCUAUUACUCCCUGAACUUGAGAGAGGCCUUUUUGAUGACAACUGGAGAAUCAGAUACAGUUCUGUUCAGUUGCUUGGAGAUUUGUUGUAUAAAAUAUCAGGUGUAACAGGCAAGAUGACUACUGAGACAGCUGAUGAAGAUGACAAUUUUGGAACUGAGCAGUCUCAUAAGGCCAUAUUAGGAUCAUUAGGUCAUGAUCGUCGAAAUAGAGUUCUUGCUGGUCUUUACAUGGGCAGAUCUGAUGUAGCACUGAUGGUUCGGCAAGCCGCUCUGCAUGUGUGGAAGGUUGUUGUUACAAAUACUCCUAGGACUUUGCGAGAAAUCCUGCCUACAUUAUUUUCAUUGUUGCUGGGUUGUUUAGCUAGUAAUAGCUAUGAUAAACGGCAGGUAGCAGCUCGUACAUUAGGUGAUCUUGUUAGAAAACUUGGUGAAAGAGUUUUGCCUGAAAUAAUACCUAUUCUUGAAAAUGGCUUAGAUUCUGAGCGUGCAGAUCAAAGGCAAGGUGUAUGCAUUGGCUUAAGUGAAAUAAUGGCUUCAACUAGUAGAGAGAUGGUCCUCACUUUUGUUGACAGCUUGGUUCCUACUGUGAGACGUGCUUUAAGUGAUCCUUUGCCAGAAGUGCGUCUUGCGGCUGCAACAACAUUUGACAGUUUGCAUUCAACAGUUGGUGUUAGAGCUUUAGAUGAAAUUCUUCCUCCUCUUCUAAGGCAACUAAGUGAUCCUUCACAAUCCGAAUAUACCCUAGAUGGUCUUAGGCAAGUUAUGGCAAUUAAGAGUAAAGUUGUGUUGCCUUAUCUUGUACCACAGUUAACAGCUCCGCCUGUAAAUGUGAAAGCCCUCUCAUUCUUGUCUGCUGUUGCUGGAGAGGCAUUAACGAAGCAUUUGCCCAAAAUUCUCCCCGCCUUAUUAUCAGCCUUGAGUUCUGCUAUUGGCACAUCAAAUGAAACCCAGACUUUAGAAUAUUGCCAAACAGUUGUUCUGGCAGCAACUGAUGACUUGGGAGUACGUACUAUUGUGGACCACCUUUUAGAAUCAACUCGCAGUGAUGAUCCUUUGCGGAGACAUGCAGCUGUUGCUCUGCUUUGUUCAUACUGUUGCCAGAGAAAAGUGGAUAUAUCUCAGCAUGUGCCUCAGCUUCUUAGGGGACUUAUUCGUUUGUUUACGGAGCGUGACCAGAAAGUUCUUCAGUUAAGUUGGGAAGCUCUAAAUGCUGUCACAAAGAAUCUGAGUUCUUCAGAGCAACUAAGGCUCAUUUCAGAUGUUCGACAGGCUGUUCGUUUUGCUGCAAGUGAUGUAAAAGUAGAAAAUGGGGAAAAACUUCUGCCUGGAUUUUGUCUUCCCAAGGGCAUUUCUCCUAUCCUGCCAAUCUUCAGAGAAGCAAUAUUAAAUGGAGUUGCUGAAGAUAAAGAACAGGCAGCUCAAGGACUAGGGGAAGUGAUAAAACUGACAAGUGCUGAUGCAUUGAAGCCAUCUGUUAGUAAUAUCACUGGACCCCUCAUCCGUAUUCUUGGUGAUCGAUAUAACUGGCCCACUAAAGUGGCAUUCCUUGAAACUUUAGCUUUACUUCUUGCAAAGGUUGGCACAAUGUUGAAAUCAUUCUUACCCCAGCUUCAAACAACUUUCUUGAAAUCUCUGAGUGAUGGACAUCGUGCAGUUAGGCUAAGGUCUGCAUCCGCUUUGAGCUCUUUGAUGCUUGUACACAACAGACCAGACACACUUUAUAUUGAAUUGCACAAUGCCGUCAAAAAUGCUGAAGACCAUUCUCUAAAAGAGACCAUGCUUCAUGCAUUACGUUGCACCAUCAAACCGGCCGGAGACAAAAUGUCAGAUCCAGUUAGACGAAGUGUAAUCAAUACUGUGACUAGCAUGCUUGGUCAUUCUGAUGAUUCUUGCAGAGUAGUAGCUGCUGCUUGUUUAGGCACUUUGUGUGAAUUUUUGCCAGAAGACGAAUUUGAGGAUGUAGUUCAUGAACAUUUAUUAGAUGAUGAUACUUCUCUUGAUUGGACUCUAAGGCAUGGAAGAAGUGUUGCAUUAAUGGUUGCGCUGAAAGAAGCACCGAACAGAUUGUUAAAGGAGCAGUGGAAUGAAAGAAUUACCAAAGUUAUCUUAGCCUAUUUAACAGCAGAUAGACUGGCAAUUGUUUUGAGUGGAGUGAGAGCAGCUGGUUACUAUAUGGCACACAAGUUACAGACUGAAGAACAAAUUCAACAGUUGUUACUGACGACAUUUUCAAAAAGUAUGAACCAUUCUACAAAUGAGGUAAAACAGGCUGUUGCUCUCACAGUGAAUUUCUUAGCAAGAAACUACAGUUUGCCGAUGUAUGUCACCAAAUCUUUCAUUCCUCACCUAGUUAAUGGCACAAAAGAGAAAAAUACUAUAGUUAAAUCAAACAGUGAAUUUGCCUUAGUUACUCUUCUUGAUCUACGUACUUCUGAAGAAAGAUCUCAGGAAUGUUUAAAUGCUUUAGAUGUUGGUGCAAGGGAAGCUUUACAUGAUGUGAUUGCCAAAGUUUUAAAGAAAGUUGCCAGCCAACCAGAACCAAAGGAAGAAGAGUUAGAUGAUACGCUAUUAACUUGACAAGCAUUGACAUUUUUAGGUUUAAUGAAAUUUUUCUUUAGUUGGAAAAGGACAAAAAUCCUGCUGCAAUCUGUAAAGUGCUAUGGACUUCUUUCUUAUAAUAAAUUUUUCAACUGUA